AUGGGGCCAACUGAUCGUGACCACCAUUCCUGCUCAUGGCUGACAGAACAAAAAUUCCGGAAAAUUUUGGGCAUUGGCAUGUUUGGAGUUAUAUUUGAAACCAGUGACACCACUUUCUUAUCCGCAGUUAAAGUCAACUUUCUCCGAAACGCGAAUGCCACCCAUGCCAACAGCUUGGCUGCACCUUUUCACCUAGUUAAAAGCAUGAGUCACCCAAAUGUGACAAAAAUUUAUAACGUGUCCCUCAAAGAGUGGGGAGUCGAAGAGCUGGAAACUAUAAUUGCAAGAUGUGAAAAUCUGUCGACUUUGAAUGCAGAGAAGCUAGAAAGGUUUUACCAAAACGGUCUGGCCUCACCUGUAUCGCUCUGUGUACAAAUAGAACUUUGCGGGCCAGACCUGUUGUCUUGGUUGAGAAUUGGAAAAACAGUGGAUGAAAAUUUGUCGGAAAUUCAGUACAAAAUCAUUUCCGGAAUUCUGGAUGGAUUGAGAUAUCUUCACCAAAAUGAUAUCGUGCAUCGUCACAUCAGUCCGGAAGCUGUCAUGUUUUCCCACACGUUAACGACGGAGUACAUUGUUCCCGUAAAAAUUUCAAGUUUCCAGUUUUGCCGCCCCAUAAAUUUUGACCGCCGAGAGAGUCAAGAUGGUGGUGACUUGGUCAGUGUUACUGAUCCUUUGCUAUAUUACUACGAUCUUUAUCUAGCUCCAGAAGCUAAAUCUAGCUCCAGAAGCUAA